CACAAAACUGCUGCUUCCGCACUGCUUCCUUGUUUAUUAGUUUAAGGAAAAAUAGUGCCUUUAAAAAAGAAAAGGUUCGCGUUUUCUUACACAGGAUUCAGCGAGAACUGCUCCACAAGAUUUUCGAGUCCCCACCUACUCUCUCUGAAAGUGCUCUUCCCGAGGAAGCUGACAAGGAGAGACUCAAGGUCUGAGCUUCACCACAAACAAGUCUGAAUUCUGUUACUGCUCUGAAUGGCCACAGCUGCAGAGGAGCCUCCGGGGCUGCAGGGCCACACUGGCAAUUCAACUGGGACUCGGAAAAAUGCUUCCCCAGAGGGUCCAAGCACUAGCAUGUCUCCGGCCAUGAAAAAAACUAUUGGCCAUCGCGGAAUUGAUCCCACUGGAGAGACCACGUACAAGAAGACGACCUCGUCAGCCCUGAAAGGUGCUAUCCAGUUAGGCAUCACACACACGGUGGGCAGCUUAAGCCAAAAACCUGAGAGAGACGUGCUGCUGCAGGAUUUUGAAGUGGUGGAAAGCAUCUUCUUCCCCAAUGAGGGCAGCAACCUGACUCCAGCACACCACUAUGGAGAUUUCAGGUUCAAGACUUACGCCCCUAUUGCCUUCCGCUACUUCAGGGAGAUGUUUGGCAUCCGGCCUGAUGACUACAUGUAUUCUCUGUGUAAUGGGCCGCUGAUUGAGCUGUCAAACUCUGGGGCCAGUGGAUCUCUUUUCUACCUCUCAAGUGAUGACGAGUACAUCAUUAAGACAGUGCAGCACAAAGAGGCAGAAUUUCUGCAGAAACUGCUUCCAGGAUACUUUAUGAACCUGAACCAGAACAAGCGAACCUUAUUACCAAAGUUCUAUGGACUGUACUGUGUCCAGGCAGGGGGUAAAAACAUCCGUAUCGUUGUCAUGAACAAUCUGCUCCCGAGUGCUGUACGAAUGCACCUCAAGUAUGAUCUAAAGGGCUCCACCUAUAAGCGACGGGCAUCAGCUAAAGAGAGGGAAAAGGCUGUGCCCACAUACAAGGACCUGGAUUUCAUGCAGGACAUGCCUGAGGGGCUGUUACUGGAGGGGGACAAGUACAGUGGUGUUUGCAAGACCAUCCACAGAGACUGUCUGCUCUUGCAGAGUUUCAAGAUUAUGGACUACAGCCUUCUGAUGGGAAUCCACAAUGUAGAUCAGGCCUGUCGAGAGCAGGUAAGCGAAGAGGCUGUAGCAGGCGCCAUGGACCAGAGGAGGCCACAAGGCCAGAAGUCCCUGUAUAGCACUGCUAUAGAGGCCAUCCAGGCAGAGGCAGGGAGCAUGCGAUCACUGGACACAGAGGACAAAACCGGAGGAAUACCCGCACGAAACGCAAAAGGCGAGAGGCUGCUGGUGUACAUUGGUAUCAUUGACAUUCUGCAGUCCUACAGAUUAGUAAAGAAGCUUGAACACUCAUGGAAAGCUCUGGUUCAUGAUGGGGAUACUGUAUCAGUACACAGACCAAGUUUUUAUGCAGAACGAUUUCAGAAGUUCAUGUGCAGUACAGUCUUCAGGAAGAUCUCAUUGAAGACCUCUCCAUCCAAAAAGCGCCGUCCAAUGGCCCAUGGUCCUUUGAGAAAAGCAGCUGGCUCUGGGCCUCUUCUGUCAACCCAAACCAGCAGCAACAGCCAGCAGCUAUUGCUCCAACGUCAAGUCAGCUCUGAGACCAGGGAAGACCCUGAAGGAGACAAUGUUAUGCAGUCAGGUCGUCCUGACCUCCUCCCAAAGACCUUACCACCCAGCAACGCUGUUGGCAACGCUGCUGAAACUGCCGUCUCCUCUUCCACCCUGGGAAACCCUGGAUUAACUCCCACAACUCAGCCUGUGAUUCACGCUCAGGAUGCCCUCAGGUCAGUGGGGGUGGAUUUAAACAACACCUCGAGCAAAGACCAGGAGCACAGCUCCCCCAAGAGAGCUGUGUUUGGGACUCUUGAAGAAAGUAUCGGUGCUGAAGAUGUAAUCUCACUCAGUGACAUAGUUCCAAGCGCAAGCAAAUGUUCUGUGUAGAUGAUGGAAAGAGAACAGGACUCAAAUGAACCUGAAACAAACUUGGAGGAUGAUAUCAACAUGGAUGAAAUGUUACAACCCCUUUGCUGUGAUUUGAGGUACCAGAAUUGGAAAAGUUUAUCAGUGAGAUAAAGUGGGAUAGUAAAUGUUUUUUUUUUUUUUUUUUUUAUUAUUUUUCCACUUGGAUUUCCAAAUCUCAACAUGGCAUGGGCAUGUUAGUGGAUGGCUGUGUUCUGACACUAGUAAUUGCAGGUACAUUAAUGCUCUGGGUAUUGAACACUAUUAUUCAUCUCAUAUGAAUGCUUGUAUGCACAACCAAAGAUUGUUCUUGGCACUGAUGUGCUCAAUUAAGCCAGUGUUCGGUGUAGGGUGUAACAUGAGGACUUUGCCUUAUGUAAGAACAAAACUUCUCCAUUCAAAAUUUUCAUUAAGAAUUCAUUGUUUAGUUUUUGGAAAUAAUUCCUCUUUUGUGUUUACCAUUUGCCGGAGCACAUCCUCGUGUGUACUUGGCUCUAUAUUAUCUGGAUUGGGAACACAAUUUUGAAUAAAAUGGUUUAUUUUUUAAAGAAAUGACUGUAGUCCCACAUGUAGUCUGCAGUUUUUUAAGUUUACUCUAAAUACAAAUCAUGCUGGAAAGAGAGGUGAUCCUCCGCUUGCAGUUUCUAUUUAACCAGCCGUUCUAAUGGACCUGUACUUCUGUAUAGACUGUGAAUCCUAACCAUCACCUUUUGUGUUCAGGUCAAAGGGUUAUUUUAAAACGAUUUGUUGUGUUUUUUUAAUACUUAUACACUGGACGAUCUGAUAUCAAGGUCAGGUUUAGUGUGUAGACCAAUAGACUUAUGACCAAAUGUGACCAAUGGACUGAUCAUCUAAGUACCACAGCAAACAGUGACCUGGGGCCUGUCUCAUUAAAUACUGAGUUAGUUGGCUGAGUUAUGUUUGGAGUGAACCUAGUCUUUUCAUUGUCAGAGUGAGAGCUCGCGUUCGAGUGGUUGUCAUAGUAACUAAUGCCACUGAGCAAACCUACAAGGAGCGGUUUAUAGGUGAAAUAUAAUAAUAUAGGAACCUAAGUGCCAAAGAGCACAGUGUGACUUCAUUACAAACUGGUACAAUCACUUUGUUUUCCAUUAUAAUUUAUAGUAUUGUAAAUAGUAUUAAUAGUAAAAGUUUACAGUAUAACUGGCGUCCCACAUCGGCAACAAAUUCACAAAACAGAGCAUAGCUAGUUAGCAGCAGUACUUAAUGAAAUGAAUGUUAAUGAAAGUUUGUUUUAUUUCAAAUUUAAAUUUUUCUUUGGUCCAGUGCAAUCUUAUGUACAUAUUUACUGCUCAUCACUGCAGCCCUAGAGAACACUGGGUGAUUUUGUUCAAAUAAAGAUACAACCCUGUCAUAUACACUCUGUUGCCUGUUUAUUAGGUACACCAAAACUAAUGCAGUUUCAUGCAACAGUCCUGCAAUAAAUCCUACCUUCAUAAAGGUUAUAAUGUUCAGUUUUUGUUGAAACCAUUUUAGAGAGGUGGUGAUUCAACUGUAUGAUGCGGUUUGUGGUGCUGUUGUAUUAUGUUAUCCUGGCUGAUGUCUAUUAUUUCUGUCUACCCCAUUUAUAUAAAUUAGUUUAGACUAAAUAACAUAACAUCUAUUUGUAUUUAGACAGCAGUAGUUUUAGCUAGGUGUACCUAAUAAACUAACAACUGAGUGUAUACAAUAAGGAGACACGGCGUCGUUGAUGCAUAACACAUGAAAUUAGGCCGCACUAAUAUCCGAUUGCAGAGCUGCACCAGAAGCUGUUUCAGACCUGCACACACGCUAAUGUGCAUCAUGUGCAGGCAAAGAAAGUAACUGCAAUUCCGACACAGGGGCCACCUUAAAGCCAAUGAGUGCUAGAACUAUUUUUUUUUUUAUUGCUGUGUGUGUGUGUGUGUGUGUGUGUGUGUGUGUGUGUGUGUGUGUGUGUGUGUGUGUGUGUGUGUGUGUGUGUGUGUGUGUGUGUGUGUGUGUGUGUGUGUGUGUGUGUGUGUGUGUGUGUGUGUGUGUGUGUGUGUGUGUGUGUGUGUGUGUGUGUGUGUGCACUGUGUUAGUUAUAUUUUACACAUUGUAAAUGUCACAAAAUGUAAAUUGAGAGCAGAUAUUGUAGGACACAGUAUAAAGAUAUAAAGACUUGAGCAUUUUGUUUGUUCUCCUUCCUCCUAGUUACUGUGGAGAAUGGAGUAGGUCGUCCUAAGAUGAUUUUUCUUUUGUUCAAAAAACUAGGGUGGGAUGUGCAGUCCAAAAGAAAAUUAGAAAUGUAGAUUGGUAAGACUUUUGACAUUGCUGUUGAAUAUUUCAGCUAUAAACUUGGGUGAUACCACAUUUUUGUAUUGACACUUUUCCACUUUGCUAUAAGUUGCUGCUAAAAGUUAAAAAAAGUUAUGCAUAAAGGAAAUAUAUUAUGGAUUACAGCAAUUUUAGUGAUCUGUUACUUUCCACUCCAGUAGAGCGCAUAUAUAUUCUCACAUUGAUUUAUGAUUUUAUUUUUAGCAUUUGAUUGUGACUUAUUCCUAUUCCUACUUUUUGUAUUCAUUUAGAAUUUCCUAAACAUUACACAUUAAUUAGUGAUAUUAAUUAUAAUGUUGAUUUAACCUUUGUUGCUGCCCACAGGCAUAAGCAUUUUCAACCCAUUUCUUAUCAUAUUCACUGUUGAUGAUUUUUUUGUUGUUCCAUGUGAUUGGCUUGUAAUUAAAAACUGUGCACUGUGUGUCAUGUGCACAAGCUCAUAGCUGUACCGGUAAGCCCGUGGCUAAAGGAGCCAGUUGAGUGAAUGCUGUGAGAUGAGUUAUCCAGACUCGCCAGUGUUGAGUGUAGUGACUGACAACUUAAAGAGAGAUUUUUGAGACAGGCCCCAGCUAUGGUACGGUUGUUUUUUUUUUUACCAGGAAAAUAUGGUGAUGGCUACCUGACAUGUGAACAUAAGUGAGACAAAACUAAAACUGUAGAAAAAGAAUUGGUGGUUCGUUACAAGUUGGUUUGAGCACUCAAAAUGCAGUGUUUUAAUUUGAUGUGAUGGUUAGGUAACUUUAAAUUGAACUAACCAUAUGUAUGCGUGAAUGAAUAGACUGUGCAAUACAUUAAGUGAAUUGACAAUUUUCCAACCGAGAUAAGAUGAACAAACAUCAUUUGGGCAUUUUCAUAUAUCCAUUCUUUUGGCUGUUACAUGACACUGUCAGACAAUGCUCUGUCCCAACAUUGAAAAUUAAACUGUGCCUUAUUGUCAAAACUCCAAAGCAGUUAAACAUGCAGCCUAUGAACCAAAUAUGUAAAUAGUCAUAUUUAUUAUAGUAUUUAUUACUGUAUGUAUUUCUCUGUUUUCCACGUUUCCAUGUUUGUUAUGGUGAUGAUGGAUUGAAAAUGUUACUUUCUUUAGCAUACAAUAAACCUUUGGCAUGCAACUGUUAAAAGUGUGAAACUUUAACGAUUUUGUUUAUAUCAUAACUGUUUAAUCAUCCUGUAUUUCAUCUGUAAACUCUAAUCUGUCUUAACUUUCUUUGAAUAUAUAGUAUUUCUCACUGUAUGUUUUUCUCUGGUUUCCAAAAUGUUUGUUAAUGGUGAUGAUGGAUUGAAAAUGUUCCUUUCUUAAGCACAACAAACCUGUUUCUAUGGCAUGCAACUGUUAAAAUAUAAAAACUUUGUGUUGAUUUUGUUUAUUAUGAUAACAAUUGUUAAAUCAGCCUGUAUACUACUUUGUACACUUUAAUUUGUCUUAAUUUGCUUUUGAACUGUAUACAAUAAAUGUGUGCACAUCUGUAUACAAUGAUCAGAACAAUGCCUUUUUGCAGAAUAUGAAUUUACAAGUUUCCUUUAUCUUGCUCUUUUGGGGGUGUCAUGUUUUUCUACACUUGUACCUUUAGUUAUUAAAGAAAAAAAUCCA